UCGAAGAAGUAUUCUGAAACAAGCAUGGCCGGCAGCGCCGCACCGAUGAACUCUUCUCUGUCUAAACUACAGUCUUUGAAUGGAUUGUUUGCUAUUUAUAAAAAACAGGGACCGACAUCUGCAGACGUGUUGAAUACCCUCAAAGAGACUUUGCUCAAAGAGGCUGGUGUUAAAAACGCAAACCCGCGGAAGAGAAAGAAACAGAGUCUAAAACUGGGACAUGGAGGGACUCUAGACAGUGCUGCCAGUGGGGUAUUAGUUGUUGGUGUUGGAACAGGCACAAAAACACUCAGUACCAUGUUAGCCGGUUCAAAGAAAUACGUUGCUGUGGGGGAACUGGGCAAAGCAACAGACACACUUGAUGCUACUGGCAAAGUGACUCUGGAGAAAGACUUCGAUCACAUCACCAGGGUGGACAUGGAGGAGAAGCUGAAGUCCUUCACUGGUGACAUCAUGCAAGUUCCUCCACUCUACUCUGCUCUGAAGAAGGACGGCCAGCGUCUGUCUGUCCUGCUGAAGCAAGGUCACAAGGUCGAGGCCAAACCUGCCAGACCAGUGACUGUGUACAACCUGACCCUGCAGGAGUUCAAGCCUCCUCUGUUCACUCUGGAUAUUGAGUGUGGUGGUGGAUUUUACGUCAGAAGCUUGGUGGAUGACCUGGGAAAAGCUCUGUCGUCCUGUGCUCACGUGAAGACGCUGGUGCGGACCAAGCAGGGUCAGUUCACCCUGGAGGAGCAUGCUUUGCCUGAGGAGAAGUGGACACUGGAACAUAUUGUGCGCUCUAUGCAGCCCUGCUCUGUAUCAGAGCAGAGCACAAAACCAUCAGACCAACCAGCAGAGAAACCAGCAGAGAAACCAGCAGAGAAACCAGCAGAGGAACCAUCAGAGAAAAACAGUGUGAACCAUGCUGAAAACAAGACAUGAUACUCAAUUGACUUGUUUCCAAUACCUUUUUUUUUCCUUUUGAGUUUUACUGACCCAGUGUCAUUGAUCUGAUCUGGACAUUUUUUGAAUCCACAUUUUGAGGAUUCUGUUUUUUAUUUGCUUGGGUAAAUAUUCAGUUUUAGAAACUGGCAACCAUACUCCAACCUCAGCCUCCGUGUCCAUGAGCUCAUAGUAUAGAUAAUGAAGAGACGUUCAAACUGUCUGAAAUUGACAAACAAAACACCACUGGAUUCUUGUGUUAUUUUUGUGCUGUGAAGAUGCAGAAUCUUCAGUUAUACUCCGGUACAAUGAUGUAUCAGUGUUAACAGAUGUGAGAACACCUGUAUAGCUUGGCCUCCAUUUAAAUGGUCUCACUACACACACAAAAGGCUUUUCAUCAUUUUGUGAAAAGGUUGAAACAAAAAAAUUCUCAUAUCCAAAGGGAAGUUAUCUGUUCUUCCAAUACAGUGUUGUUGUUUUCUUUUCAAAUGCACCACAUCUGAAAGUUGUUCCGUGUAGAGCGUGACUAAUGUCAUCUGUUCUUUGUUUUCAGAUUAAAUAAAUGUCUAAGUGAAACUAA